GCAGCAAACCCUUGCUGCUCUUUAAGAAUGUAUCUCUCUCCAGGCCUAACGACUUUUCCAGAGUUUCUCUCUCUACAAACGAAAUAAUAAAAGUUGUUUUUACUUUUUGAGCAUUUUGGUCUCUCUCCAGCUUCUUUUGAUCAGAGUUUCCAAGCAGCAGACUAAAAAGUUGGUGAAUAGUAGAGAAGUACUGGUGAGAAAAAAGAUUUAUUUGCUUAACUGGUACUUUUCUUUAGAUUUGACCCUGGUCUCUGCUACUGGUCCAAUGCCUUCUCCUAUCUUGCCUCAGUGGCAUGAUAAGGCUAGUGGUUUCUUUUCUUCUUCAGGGGUAAAGCUUAAAGAAGCCGGACAAUCUGCUGGAACAUUUGUCGGCGAGGUUGCAAAAGAUGCAAAAGGUAACGUUGCAGAUGUGGCGGAGCGAGUUGGCUCGUUGGUCAAGAGUCGAUGGGCAUUUUUCCAGCAGCCAUCAACAAAACAUGCUAUGCAGGAACGUCUUAUAUCUGCAGCUGCUACUACUGGUACAUUGUUUAGGAAAAGCAUCUCAGAGACCAAGGAAAAAGUAGUUGUUGGAAAGAUAAAAGUUGAGGAGGUGGCAAAGAAGACAGCACAAAAAAGUAAAACUAUUCUGACUGAUAUUGAAAGAUGGCAGAAGGGAAUUGCUAGCACUGAUGUAUUUGGAGUCCCAAUUGAGAUUCUUGUACAACGGGAACAAUCCAUGAGACCCAUUCCCAACAUGUUGGUCAAAUGUGCAGACCAUCUCAUAUUAUCAGGACUGAAUACGCCAAACCUGUUUAAAAUCGAGGGAGAUAAAAAAGUUACUCAACAAUUGGUUUCACUGUACAACCAAGAUUCAAAUGCAUCAUUACCAGAGAGUGCAAAUCCAGUUGAUGUAGCAGCUCUAAUCAAGUAUUACCUAGCUAGUCUUCCUGAACCGCUAACCACAUUUGAGCUCUAUAAUGAAAUUAAAAGUGCUUGCUCUAGCAUUCAUGCAAUGAGAAACAUAUUGAAGAGACUUCCAAGUGUGAACUACAUGACCCUGGAAUUUAUUACAGCGCUAUUUCUCCGCGUUAGCCAGAAGUCUCUUCUUAACAAGAUGGACACCCGAAGUCUUGCAAUGGAAAUGGCACCGAUUUUAAUGUGGCAGAAAGGAAGAGAACCUGACAUGUAUAGGCAAUACUGGAUUCAACCACAGAAAGAUCCUUCCAACAAUAACUUGGAGCCCCAGCCCGUUUAUACUGCAUGGGAUCUUCUGUCAGACGAAGGCGAAGCUACAGAUGCAUCUUCUCUCAUUCCGUUGGAUGAUGGCAUGCCAGUCGACUUUGGUGCAAUUGAGGUUGUUCAAUGCCUCAUAGAACAUCACAAUGCAAUUUUUACAGAUGCAAAUGAAACGAUUUGGAAAUGAUUUACUGUCUGAGUGAGAGUGAAGUGAACUAGUUGCAAUGCUUUACCAAUAUCUUCCUUAGUCUUAAAAUGUUCAAAUUUGGCGAAGAUGAUCCUUGCUCUACGGUGUUUGAUUUCUUUGUGAAGCCAGGGACUGUAAGUGAAAAUCAGCAACAUUUAGUACAUAACAAUAGUUUGUCUUGUAUUUUGAAAGAGUAGUGCUACUGUAAUCUGUUUUAUGGUAGAGAAAAAGGCCUUGCUUUCAUGAAAAAGACUUAUGGUCUUCAAUUACUAACAAAAUUUCACUUUGGUUUC